AUGGGCGAUCGCCUAAUAGGAAUAGCAAUUGGCUCGUCCGCGGUAGUGGCUGCUGGGCCGGUGUUUAAAUGGAUUCGAAGCGCUCUCGGACGCGACUCGCGUGGUGUUAAAACGAACGGCAAAGGAGCGGCAUCGAGCAGUUUCAGCUCCCACAAAUCCAGCGACGACACGUGUCCCGGCCUCUCGAGCCUCCCCGUAGCUUCCGCUUCUAAGGACGUCUCUAAUUCCCUUGCUUCGGACAACGCCUUAUUGUCGGAUUCAGCCAAUGCCGCAGCCGCGGAGGCGGUCCGAGUUAAUAGCAAGAAGGAGAUAGGAGACCUCUCGAGUCGCGGCGAGCGCGCUUUGGAGCCUAUUCCUGGGCUGUACUAUUUCUCCGCGUCUAUGGAAACCGCUAAGGAUAUGUACUCAUCGACGACUAACCCUAACGGGUUUAUUACAUUGUCUAUAGCGGAGAACAUGCUCAUGUUUGAUUGGCUGCAGGAGAAGCUGGCGAAUCGCGCGCCGAUAGAGCCGGAGGUGGCGCGCUACAACAUGGUGACGGGCAUGCCGCGGUUCAAGGCGGCUGUAGCGCACACCAUGCAGCGCCUGCUGCUGCCUCGCUGCCCGGGGCUGGUAUCACCGGGCAACAUCUGUGCGGGGGCGGGAGUGAGUGCUAUAGUGGAGCACCUGGCGUUUACCCUGUGUGAUGCGGGUGAGGGGGUGCUCAUCCCCGCUCCCUUCUACCCCGGCUUCAUUGGGGACUUCCAGCUCAGAAACCGAGUGGUAAUCAUUCCUGUCAUCACAGCAGACCAGCGUCUCUUCCAGCCCACCCCCGAGGACUGCCAAUCCGCGCUGGAAGCCGCAGCAGCGAGGGGCGUUCGCGUGCGAGCCAUAGUGCUCACCAACCCCACCAACCCCAUCGGGUCCGUGUGGCCCGAGGCAGCGGUGGCGGCGCUGGUGGCGUGGGCGCUGCAGGCGGGUCUGCAUGUGGUGUCGGACGACGUGUAUGCUGCUACGGUGUUUGGAGAUGAUGCUCCGGAGUUCGUGAGCGGGGUGGAGCUGGCAGAGCGGCUGGUGGCGGAGGGGAAGGCGUCUCGCGAGGAGGUGGAUGCGAGGGUGCAUCUGACGUACGGCAUGAGCAAGGACUUCACACUCAAUGGUUUCCGCGUCGGCUUUCUCUUCACCCGCAACCAGAAGCUGCUCAGGGCGCUGGGCAUGUGUAACAUCUUCUCGAUGGUCUCGCAGGACACGCAGUGGGCGCUGAGCGCGCUCUUGGAGGACGACGCGUGGGUGGACGCGUUUCUAGCCGAGAACAGGAAGCGCCUGCACCGCUCGCACCGCCUCAUCUGCAGCACCUUAGAGGAGCUCGCAAUCCCCUACGUGCCAUCGGGAGCAGCCAUGUUUGUGUUUGCGGACAUGCGUCGCUUCCUCUCUGCUCCCACCUUUGAGGCUGAGAAGCAGCUGUGGACCGACUUCAAGGAUGAGGCCAAGCUCAUCAUGGUGCCGGGAGAAUCAUGCCGUGCCUCUGAGCCUGGGUAUUUCCGCAUUUGCUUCUCAUCCAUGUACUCCGGAUUGCAGCAAGAGCUGGGGGUCACAGAAGACGACAACUCCGCUGAUCUCGAGCCGUCGCCGCAGAGCCUGCCGGCGGCCGGCACGGGCAAUACGAGCACUGGCGGCAGCAGCUUCCCCGCGGGGCUGAGGGUGCUAGUGGUUGAUGAUGACCCGCUCUGCCUUAUGAUUCUCGAGCGCAUGCUUCGUCAAUGCGCCUACACAGUGACAACAUGCAGCCGCGCGGCAACGGCGCUGGCGCUGCUGCGGGAGAACCGGGACAAGUUCGACCUGGUGAUCAGCGAUGUGUACAUGCCCGACAUGGACGGCUUUAAGCUGCUCGAACUCAUCGGCCUCGAGCUCGACCUCCCCGUCAUCAUGAUGAGCGCGAACGGGGAAACAAGCGCGGUGAUGAAGGGCAUAACGCACGGCGCGUGCGACUACCUCUUAAAGCCCGUGCGCAUCGAGGAGCUGCGCAACAUCUGGCAGCACGUCGGGCGGGAUGCGGGAGGUGGCGGGGGCGGGGGCGGGGGCGGGGGGGGCGGAGGGGGCGGGGCGGGGGGGAGUGACGGGGACGGCGCGGGGAGCAAGCGCAAGAAGGAGGAGUAUCUGGAGGACGCGUCCACGCUCAAGAAGGCGCGCGUGGUGUGGUCUAUCGAGCUGCACCAGCAGUUCGUUAAUGCCGUCAACCGGCUCGGCGUUGACAAGGCGGUGCCCAAGCGCAUAUUGGAGAUCAUGAACGUGCAGGGACUCACUCGGGAGAACGUUGCUUCGCAUCUGCAGAAAUACCGGCUGUAUCUGAAGCGGCUAAGCGGGGUGAACCCACAGCCGCACCCAGUGGCCUCUUUCCAAGCCACAGAGGGCAGUCUCUUUGGAGGCACCCUGCAGGUGCAACCUGCUGGCACCCGCACCACCAAAGCCCCUGCCAUGAGCCUCGCUGCUGCUGCUGCUGCUUCUGCUGCUGGGCUGACCGGUGGGGGCGGGGGAGGGGGUGGGGGAGCGGGUGGGGGAGGGGGAGGUGGCGCGGGAGGGGGGAUGGGGCUGGGCGGGGCUGGUGGGGGACUCGGGGCGGGGGCAGGGGCGGAUGUGCUUUCUGGGCUUGCUGCUGCUGCAGGGUUGGGGAAUAUGGGGAUGGGUGGUGGGGGUGCUGCUGCUGCUGCGGCUGCUGCGGCUGCUGCGGCGGCGUUGGUUGCGGGAGGGGGUCUAGACCCGUCCACUCUAGCUACAAUAGCACAGCUGCAGGCUUUGCAGCAGCAGGAGCAGGAGCAGCAGCAGCAGCAACAGCAGCAGCAGCAGCAGCAGCAGCAGGAGGCAGCUUCUUCGACUGUAGGCUCUCACUCGCUCGCAGGUCUGUCAGGGCUUGGAGGGGCAGGAGGACUGAGCAACUCCGCUAUUGCAGCUGCAGCAGCAGCGGGACUGCUAGGCGGGCAAGGCUCAAGCGCUGCUGCUGCUGCUGCAGCUGCAGCAGCCGCUGCUGCUGCUGCCGGCACAGGAGGAGCAGCGGGUGGAAACAGCAGUGGCAACGGCGGCUUGGCGGGGCUAGGCGGAGCGAAUGGGCUAGCACAAGCCCUAGGCCUGCAGGGUUUAACUGGGUAUGAGAUCAGCCUGUUACUGCAGGCGCAGCAGGAAGGGGCAGCGCGGCAACGCCUGGGUGGAGGAGGAGCAGGGGGAGGUGGAUCUGGGGGCGGCUCUGCUGGGCUAGGCGGCCUAGGGGCGGUUGAUUCUCUCACUCUGCAGGCCCUGGGGGGAAAUCUGGGCGCGCUGGGGGGUGCUGGGGGGGGGAGUCCCCUGGGAGGUGCAGGUGGGGGAGCAGGGGGAGGAGGAGGCGGAGGGGGAGGGGGAGGAGGGGGAGGGGGGGCGUAUGGUGGGUUGAGUGCGGCAGGGAUUGCGAGCCUGCUUGGGGGAGGAGUGGGUGGGGCUGGGGGGGGAGGUGGUGGUGCCGGUGCUGGUGGCUCUGCGGCAGCGGCAGCGGCGGCAGCAGCGGCUGCUGCGAAUAUGCAAGACGUGGCGGCGUUGCGUGCAAGCAUGGGUGCGUCAGGGCUUCCCAUGGGGAGUCAGAAUGCAGCAGCGCUGUUUCAGAUGGGAGGAGGUGCGGGAGGAGUGGGGGGAGGUGGGGCGGGAGGAGGAGGGGGAGGGGGAGGACUGGGGGGUGGGGGAGCAGGGGGGAACCUUGGGUUGGUGGAAGGGGUAAACCCUUUGGCGGGGCGUUUAGGACUGAAUGAAAGUCUGCUGUUUGCGCAGGAGUUGGGAGGGGCGGGUGCAGGUGCGGUGGGGUUGGGAGGGGCGGAGGAUUUUUUGUCAGUAAUCAUGGCGUUUAAUUUCGGCUCGUCCGCGUCAACGGGCUUCUCGUUCGGCGCGUCAGGAUCGGCUCCCGCCUUCGGCGCAGCUUCCAGCUCCCCCUUCGGUGCCUCCGCAGCAGCGCCAGUCUUCGGUCAAACCUCCGCUCCCGCGUUCGGCCAGUCAACCACUCCGUCCUUAUUUGGCGCUGCGGCUUCCUCCACUCCAGCCGCUACCACCUCCCCUUUCGGCGCAUCUGCAACCGGCGCGCCCGCCUUCGGCCAAUCAGCGACCGCCACGCCAGUUUUCGGGCAGCCCGCGACUCCGGCGUCCCCGUUCGGGCAGGCAGCAGCCGCUUCUUCCGCUGCCCCUGUUUUCGGGCAGGCUGCUGCUACCUCUACGCCGGCUGCUGGCUCCUCCCCCGCACCGUCUCUUUUCGGGCAGGCGUCAACACCAGGAACAGCAGCGCCGACUUUUGGUUUCGGGCAGAGCACAUCAGCGUUCGGGCAGGCAGCAUCAGCACCAGCCUUCGGGCAAACUGCCUCUCCUUUCGGAAAACCAGCUUCUUCGCCUCUUUUCGGGCAGUCCACAGCGCCAGCGUUCGGCCCUGCAUCAGCAGCAGCAGCCACAGCACCAGUUUUCGGCCAAACAGCCACAACAGGAGCAGCUAGUCCGUUCGCUUUCGGCGGCGCUUCUGCUGCCACAGCUGCCAAACCAGGCACAGCCGCUGCUCCCGCUGCCUCUCCUGCUGCCCCCACCAAUCUGUUCGGUUCCCCUGCUCCUGCUGCUGCCGCUGCGUCUGCAGCGCCUGCCUUUUCUGCUGCAGCGCCAGCAGCAGCGUCCCCUGCUACUGGCUUUUCCUUUGGCUCUGGUUCCGCUGCUGGGGCAGGCUUAUUUGGUGCAGGCUCUUCUGCUGCUACUACCGGAAGCACUGCUGCUACAUCUGCUCCAGGACUGUUUUCCGGAACUUUCCCAUCAACUGCAGGUUCUGCUGGUGCUACCGGUUUCACUGGUUUUGGGGCGAAACCUGGUGGUUUUGGCACUCCUGCUUCUGCUGCUGCUGCUGCUGCUGGUGCCGCUGCUGCUGCUGCUUCUACUCCUGCCGCUGCAGCAACACCCGCUGGGGCAGGCUUGGCAGGUACUGCUGGUGCAGGCUCUACUGCCCCGGCGUUUUCUCUGAACUUCGGUGCUGCUGCAGGCUCGGCCCCGGCCUCUGGGCUAGCUCCGGCAGGAGGCCUGUUUGGCUGUAUGAUGAAACCAUGGUCAUUUGCGCUUUCUCUUGAUGUGACCAAACUUUUUUUCAUGUCGCUUCCCCCUUGCCUCCCUCGGCACAUCUAUCUUCCCACACCCCCAUCCAUCUUUCCGCCCAUCCGCCUAUCCGCUCAUCCUCCCUCCUCUAAUCCGCCCCUGCGCCCGUCCGCCCGUUCUUCCCCCCGCCUUCUCCCCCCCGUGCGCCCUCCCCCCUGCGCCCAUGCGCCCAUGCAUGCGUGCUCCUAUGCACCCAUGCGUGCGUGCGCCCCAUGCGCCCAUGCGUGCGUGCACUCCCCCACACAGAUCGUGCGUGCAUGGACCAUGGAGCUGGACGAACGGUGCGUCGUGUUCAGGCGCCAGGCGGAGGUUCUGCAGCAGUGGGACCGACGGAUUCUGUCCAACAGACGGAUUCUGUUAGGUCUAGAGGCUGACGUGGCGAGAGUGGUGGAGGCGGAGAGGGCACUGGAGAGACAGCUGGAGCUCAUAGAAACACACCAGGGCGAGGUGGAUGCAGCGCUAUCGAGUGUGGAGGAGGCAGCAGAGCGCCUGUAUGCGGAGCAGAAGGCAGCAGGGCUGGUGGGGGAUGACGCCACAGCCACCAGAGACAUGAUGUACGAGCAGGCAGAGGCGGUGGAGCGAGAGUUGCAGCGAGUGGGCAGCAAGCUGAGGGGCGUCAUUGACACGGUCAAUGCUACGCAGGCGCGUGGCACGGCCUCCCCAUCUGCGGACCCCGUUGCUCUGGUGACGUCUGUUCUGAACAACCAGCUGGGCGCGCUCGUGUGCCUCGACUCCAAGGUGUCUCAGCUGUCGUCGCGCAUCAACCAGCUUGCACUGGAGCAUGGGGAGCUGGAUGGUAGUCUCACUGCUGCUCCUGGCGCUGCUGGUGGUGCCUUGGGUGCUGCUGGUGCAGGAAACGGGUAUAACAGCCUGGGAGGGUACGGUGGGGGGGGAUAUGGUGCAGGGGGGGGGUAUGGAAGGGGAGGGUAUGGUGAUGGUGGGAGUGGGGUGGGCGGAUAUGCAGGCAUGGGCUCAUAUUACUCUUGGCCGGGCGCGUAUGGGCCGUGA